AUGAACCCAUUUGUAAGCGAAGACUAUGAAUUGAAGCAUUCUUUUAAUGAAAUCACGAAUUUACGCGAUAAAUUGGCUAUUCUUAGUGAUGGUUUGGUGACAGAAAAUAUGACUUGGAAUAUAGCGAUUGGAGCGCAUUACAAUCAAGAAAAUGAAAAGUUUCUAGCUGUUUAUUUUUGCUUAACCAAACUUCAACCAAUUAUCCAAAAUUUUGUAUGCGAAGUGAAUGCGAAAUUCGAAGUUUGGAAGAAUGAUCAAAUCAUUCGAACUCACGAACCGCUCUUCAACAUUUGCUUUCAAAAUGUAGAAAAUAAAUGGGGAUUUCCCAAGUUUGCGAAAUGGCAACAUUUGAUGGAUAAUUGGAUUUUGGAUGGUAAAUUGACGAUUGGUGUUAAAUUCAGUUAUAAAUUUUAUAAUUUUGAUUUCAAUCGCAAUGUUUUUCAAAGUUAUCCGGUGAAAUUUGGAGAUGGUAGAAGAGUAUUUAUAAACAAGCAAGUAAGAAAAAGGCUCUAUCGCAAUAUAUGGGUCCCAUGGAAAUAUAUGGGUCCGUAAAAACAUAUAAGGGUCCGUUUUUUUUUUUUUUUUUUUACUAAGCCUAAGCCUAAUUCUGAAGCUGAAAAGCCGAAAAUAGAGUUACCAGAGGACUCAAAAUUCUCUAUUAUUAUUUUUAGUAAUCCCAAAAAAAAAAAAAAAAAAAAUUCACGGACCCUUAUAUUUCUGAGGGACCCUUAUAUGUUUUUACGGACCCUUAUAUUUCCAUGGGACCCAUAUAUUGCGAUAGAGCCGAAAAUUUUUUCAAUCCGCGAAAAUAAAUUUAAUUUUUUUUUGCAGUUUUUUGCAAUGUUUUCUCAACAUCUCAUGGAAGAAUUCAAAAAUUCGCCGAAAUUUUUUGAAAUUGAAGAUGAAGCUGAAGCUACAAACAUCAAUGACUUCUGUCUGCUCUAUGCAGCAAUCCAUCCAAAUCCAAUUCAAAUAACCGGCGAGACAUUCGUCAAACUUCUCGAUUUAUCGAAGCGAUUCGAAGUCGAAAAUUUAUUCGAGAAAUGUGUGAAAGAUGGAGUGACAUCGACAAUGAUUCCGAUGAUUGAGAAGUUCAGAGGAGCUGAGUUGAUUGAGCCGGAUAAUCGAUUGAUGGUUGGUUUUUCGAGGGAUUUUGAAAGAUUCAAUUUUUUUUGUUUUUUUUUGCAGAAAGGAUGCCUAGAACUGUUCAAAACACCACACGAUAUCAAAAUCUUUGCUCUAAAUCCAGACUUUGAAAAAUUGCAGGACAAAACGAGACUUGCAAUAUUGAUGGCACUGGUUAAAAUUAUUCCUUGA